UUAUGUCAUCAUUGGCUAUAUUUUAAUACAAAAUGUAAUUUUUGAAAAUGGAUUGGAAGAAAACUGUUGUAUCUCUUGACAUUUGAUUAAUAUCAAUGCCAAAUGUGAAAAAAAGUUCUAGGCUCUCAGGAUUACAUAGAACAGUAGAGCACAAUGUCUGUGCCAAACAUGAUGCCGAAUUAAGUUAAUCCCCUCUGCCUACAUGUGACCCAUAUACCCCCACCCCGUUCACUGCAUAUUUAUGUGCCUAGCUAAAAGCCUCUUAAAAGCCAUUGUUGUUUCUGCUUCUGCCAACACCCUGGCAAUGGGUUCCAGGGUCCUACCACUCUCUGUAUAAAAAAAACUUGCGCCAUGUAUCUUGUUUAAACUCUCCCCCUCUCCUUGAAAGCUAUGCACUCCUGUAUUUCAUAUUUCCACAUUCAUCUGCAAUGCUGCCUGAGUUCCACCAGCACUUUGUCUUUUUUUUUGACAUUUCAACCAUGGGAGAAAAGUUGCGACACAUAAUUUUAUGAGCUUAUCUGGUCUUCCCCCAUUCUCCGAAGCUCCUGAAAACAAGUGUGCUCUAAACCUGCUUAUGGCUCAUACCCCCUAAUCCAAUCAGCAUGCUUCUCUGCACCCUCUCCAAAAACACAUAUUCUUGCAUAAUGGGGCAAACGGAAUUGCACACAAUACUCCAGCUAGGAAGUCCAGCAACACCAUACCAUACACCUUCUUUUCCACUUUAUGACUUGUGUUGUCUCUUUCAGGGAGCCAUGGAUUGGACCAAAGAUCCCUCUGUACAUCAAUGCUGUUAAGGGUCUUGCCAAAUAUUUUUUAAUGAAAAUUCCCAUCCAUUGCUUAUGAUGUUUUUUCUUUGAGAUAUGGAUCUAUUUCUUUCUGAAUUGUUAUCACUGAGUAAUUGCAGUGAUUCUUUUUUUACUCCACCACUGAAGUACCCAAGGGAUCCAGACUGAGCUUCUAUUUUCCUACCUUCCAUACGUCAAUGUCCAUAGUUAUGAGUGCAUCAUUACUGGCAGCCCAGCUAAACAAAUAGUCUUACUGAUAUAACUUCCAGACUGAAUCUGCAGCAGAAAAUGAUUGAACAAACAUGAAGGAUUACUCUUUUUACUUUAAUCUCAAUAACCUGCCUCUGUGCACUCCUGAAUUGGUAGGAGGAGCCAAUGCACACUUUGAAGAAGCAACAUGUGGUUUAAUAAAAGGGACCAAUGGAUGUACUAACAUUUCCAGAAGGCACUUAAGGUUAUCGAGCAUAAAAGCAUGCGGUAUUGUGGAAGAAAGGAUUUAUGGACAGAAUGUGAAUGGAGAAUAGACAUUAGUAGAACUUGUUCUGGUUUAUAAGAUGGAACCUUUGGGGUGUCAACUUCUUAUAAUUUAUCUGAAUGAAUUGGUAUGGUUCUUUAAUAUGCUAAUGACACAAAGAUAGUAAAAUUAUUUAUAAAUAAGAUUCAAGUAGGAUACAAAGGGAUAUAAUAGGGUGAAUGAAUGGACAAAGAUCUGGUAAAUGGUGUAUAAUGUUGGAAGAUGUAAAACUGCCUCUCUUGGCAGGAAACUUAAAGCAUGAUAUAAAUGGUAGGGAUUAGAGUAUUGAAAUGCGGAGAGAUCUGUAUGUCCCUGCGUAUGUUCUGCUAAAGGUUAAUGUACAAGUACAGCAAGUAAUCUGUAAAUUGAUUAAAAAUAGGGAAUAUUACAAGAUUAAAUGAGUAUGUAUGAAAUAUUAGUCUUUUUGAAUGCGUAUUAUGUGACUUUGUAUUUUCUUUGACUUUGAGGAGGUUUAUUAGACUUGGGGCAGCUUGUAUGCUGGCUUGAUUGCAAUGUAAAAUACCAAGGCCUCUUUAUAGAAUAGAUGUUUGACAUACAGGACCUCUUUGCCUGGUUGACUCUUAUCUUUUGAAAAAAAAAGUUGUUUUCUGGGUCAAGAGUAGGUAGGAUUGGGAAAUAAUAGUUGGCCUAGUGUAGGUCAUUCGUAAAACAAAAUGAUCCUAACAAAUGAAAUUAUAUUUUCCAUCUAUGCACUAUUCAUCUGAAAAAGCAUUAGAUUUCAUUCUCACGGCUGGUUUGAUUCUGUUGUAGUACCGGCACUUUUCGUCCAACCACUUUGUCUGUAUUGGAUGAACAGACGCAUCAUUCUUUCAUUUAAGUUGAGCCACAUUGUUUGCAACCUUGGUGUCACAAUUAACCCACGUUGAACUUCCGAUUAUACAACCAUACUAUCAACGAGACCAAUUCUACCUCUGUACAAUGGGCCUGCCUCCAAUUUUGCUUCAACUCUGCUGAAAUCUACUUCCGUUCCUCGUUACCUUUAUAUUUUACUAUUCUCAUGCUUUCCGCCUUUCAACGUACACAUACAAUUCUCUGAGCCUUUAUUAAUAACUUUUUCAUUAAUAACUUUUUGUAUGUUGAUUCUCAGCUUUAAACGUCAUGUGCUCUCUGCUCCAUUUUUGUAAUUACCACCAAACUUGCAACUUGCCAGGUGUUGGAUCAAUUCUGAAGUUUUGCGAGUCCCAGAUUUUAAUUGUAUAAUGUUUCACCUUUAGAAUUCUUAGUCGGUUUCCUCAUCUGUCCUUGAUAUCUUUUGUGGCUCAGCAUUUUUGUUUUUACAGAUGUCACACCUACUGUGUGCAAUUGGAACACUUUAUUAAUAUGAAGCCACUGUCAUCCCUACCCUCACCUGACUUUUAUUUGCCAAUUAAUUCCUGCUUGCCUGUGUCCACCUAUCACUUCUUUAUACUGGCUAGUCCCCUCUACACUUUUAAUUUAAAUGAAGUAUUGACAUAAAAAGUCAAUUUACCUCCAUAGAUGCAGCCUGACUUGCUGAGUCCCUCCUGCAGCUCUAGUUUUUGCUUCAGAUUCAGCACCGGCAGUCUCGUGCCAUUCAUUAUUAUUGAAUCAGUUUAAUGUGAUUUAACAAUACCCAUUCUAGUUUCCCAUUCAGCUUUUAUCCCGGAACGUUGGGAUAAGAGUUAAUUGUUUUAAUCUGAGUUGCAGCUUUGAACAGAUUUCAAAAACGACUAUUGUGACUAAUUUUAUGCUCAUUUCAUAGAUUCUCUUCUUGCAUUGAAUAUUUUCCUGAGUUGUCAAGCUUAGUUCGGUAUCUUCGUUAAAGAAUAUGGCGUCUACUGAUAUUAAAGUAAAGCAAUUAGACAAGCGUUCUUCAGGCCAAGCUUUUGAGAUCAUUCUGAGCCCUACAGCCGAAGCAAUUCCAGAGUUUCCUCUUUCUCCCAAGAAAGAUCGAUCACUUGAAGACCUUCAAAAAAAGAUGGAAGCUGCAGAAAACAGACGAAAGUCACAUGAAUCUGAGGUUCUGAAGCAGUUGGCUGAGAAACAGGAGCAUGUAAAAGAAGUGCUUCAAAGAGCAAUUGAAGAAAAUACCAAAUUCAGCAAAAUGGCAGAAGAAAGACUGAUUUCCAAGAUGGAGCUUAUUAAAGAAAACCGUGAGGCCCAGUUAGCUGCUAAGCUUGAGCGCCUUCAUGAGAAGGACAAGCACCUAGAGGAAGUGAGAAAGAACAGAGAAAGCAAAGAAACUGAAGAAAUGGUUUAACCAUGUCUGUUGUAGUAAUUGUAUUCAAACAAUUUCCAAAGAGCACUUACAGCCAAUGUGUUGAACGCAACCCUAUUGAAACAUGUAACCAGAUACUUUUUGAAAUGGGAUGUAGGGGGGGGAGGGGGGUGGGGGGGAUCUGGGAUACUAGAAUUUACUCUUUUUGAUGAUUUUGUUUUAUCUCUCCAAACGCAUUUUUUCUACUUAUGCAUUGCAUGUACUGUGCAGAAAUGAAAAUGUUAAAGUGUAGUUUUCAUCUGCUUUGCCCCUUGAUAUCUGUCAUGCUAAAUGUUAUAUUUUUUGUCUUGACUUAACAUGCCUAAUUGAAAUCUCUAAAUAAAACUGAAUAAUUGCUGCCUAA